UACAUCCGUUCCUACUCAUCUCCGAAUGUGGAAUGAAGAAAGCGAUUGGAUCGGUUCCUUUGAUUCUCAGUUGGCGCGGUUGGCGGAGUGCAGGAUGUGUUCGCGCGACAGAGGGGAGCGCCCCGACGCGACGGGGAUGGACUUAGAGGUGCUGGAGGUGGCCGAGGAGGGCAGUUACGGGCGGGUGUUCCGGUGCCUCGACAUCCACACCGGCGCCCUCGUGACCAUGAAGCAGAUCACGAUGGUCCGCUUGAGCCAGGGCGUUCCGGCGCCAAUAAUCCGUGAAGUGUCGCUCCUCAAAGAACUCCACCACGCCAACAUCGUGAAGCUGCUCAGGGUGGGACUAACCGAGAAUAGGUACGUCAACCUCGUCUUCGAGCAUCUUGAUUACGAUCUUCAUCACUUCAUUGUCAACCGAGGUUACCCCAAGGAUGCCUUGACUGUUAAGAGUUUCAUGUACCAGAUACUCUCUGCUGUGGCUUACUGUCACUCGCUUAAGGUUCUGCACAGAGAUUUGAAACCAAGCAAUGUGCUGAUUGAUCAUUCCAAAAGGUUGAUCAAGUUGGCGGAUUUCCGUUUGGCUGGAGAGUUUGCAGAUGACUUGUUAUAUACUGAGAAGUUAGGAACUUCCUGGUACAGGGCACCUGAAAUCUUGUGUGACUCUAGACAAUAUUCAACUCAAAUUGAUUUGUGGUCUGUUGGCUGCAUAUUUGCUGAGAUGGUAAUUGGACAGCCUUUAGUCCAAGCUAUUAAUUGCCGGGAUGAAUUGGAGGGGAUUUUCAAAUUAUUAGGUACCCCCACAGAGGAAACAUGGCCAGGAAUCACCAAAUUAAUGCCUAACCUUCAUAUCUACUACCCCAAAUUUGAUGCAUUGGGCCUGGAAACAUUUGUUACUGAUCUGGAACCAAGUGGCCUGAAUCUACUAUCAAUGAUGCUUUGCUUGGACCCAAGUAGAAGGAUUUCUGCGGAAGCUGCUCUAAAGCAUGCUUACUUUAUAGAUGUUAAUUAUGUAUCUCUUCUGCUUCUCUAAUUAGGUCUGCCUCUUGCUUCUAUUAUUGAAUGUUCAACAAUCUGUGUUUGACAAAUGGGUCACACUAAUGUUUUAAAGAGUGUUUGCUA